ACGGCCUUGACAUACGAGGCCAAGCGUCGCAGUAGAGCUAUGAAUGAACUGCAUUUCGGCUGGUAUCCUGGUACUCUGUGAUCUCAUUGGAGGUGAAUAUGGCUGCGAUAAAGGGCAGACGACACGCGCGGAUGAGUCGUUACUAUGCCCGUGGCCGCUUUCCUUCGCUAUCGCCCCAUACCGACCAGUGCGGGCAACCGGUGGCAAAAAAGGUUCAAGUCGCCACUACGUCCUUGUUACCAUUACGCCGCUCUUCGGUUACUACGGUUACGUUUUGUUGUAGGUUUGAGCGUUUAUGUUGCUCACGUUAUUCAUUUUUUUUUAGUCAUAUGUAAUAUUUAUUCCUAAAAACUUAAGAAUAAUGAAAAAACAAUGUAACUGAAAGAUAUAAUAAUUAAAAAACAAAAUGUUUUGACAAUUUCUAUAAUGGGCAACGUGUUGCGGCUCAAAUGUAUUUAUUGUGCGAAUGCUAACCAACGACAACGCAGAAAAAUUACGGUUCUUCUAGUCGGCCUAGACAAUGCAGGAAAGACUUGUAUUUUUAAAAGUAUAAUGAGAGAAAAACAAAAAAAUGUUCUUCCAACUGUCGGAUUUUCGUCUUCCAAAUUAUUUUACCAAGACUUUGACAUAACAAUUUACGAUCUUGGUGGUCAUAAGCAAAUACGUGAUAUAUGGCCACAAUAUUUUAUUGAUGUACACGGUGUUAUAUUUGUUGUCGAUUCGACGGCUCACAGUAGACUAGUUGAAUGUAAAGAAGUGUUUAAAAAAUUGUUAGAGAACGAUAAAAUAUCUGGAAAACCUGUACUUUUGUUUGCGAACAAACAGGACAAACAGGGAGCGUUAGAUGAAUUAGAUAUUGUCGAACAAUUGAAUGUAGAAAUGGUUGUGAAUACAAACAAAUCUCCGACGCUAGUGGAAACGUGUACAGCCCAAUACGUGGCACCGAUUCAUUACUGUUCCUCUGCGUUUAUUGAUCCAUGUAUCGACAGCGGUUUUAGCUGGUUAGUAUCGCAGAUUGGAAAACAUUACGAUACACUCAACACUCGUGUAACUCAUGAUAUGGCCCAAUAUCAAGAAGGCGUAAAUAAAAGAUUAGAAGAAUGGAAAAAUAAACAACAAACUUCUAAUGACUCUUAUUUACUAUCUUUCAAUGCACCUCAUAGAAGGUCGACCAAGCGAAAUCCUUUCAGGCGCAUUAAUCGAGUUAUUGAUAGUUUUGAAUCAAAACUACAAAACCAUUCGGAUGGCUUCGGCAGCACUUCGUUUAUUAUACCCCUACGAGAAGAGCCAACCGAUCCCGCAGCAAUUGCUUUUCGCAACAAAGUCGGUCCAAUAGUGUCUUCUUCGCGUUCUGUACAAGAACACGAAUCUAAUCGCCAACAAAUCUCAAGGUCGCCACUUUUUAGAGCACGGUCGAAAGAGUUCGAAAAUGAUGUGAUCAAAAAAUCAAUCGGUGUAAAGCCCGAACCCAAUAUGAAUACUAAAGAAACCGAAAAGUUCAUUCGAAAAGAAUCAAUUUCUGCAAAAUUAAAACGGUCUAUGUUUAGUAGAUCAAGUUCCGCUGGUAAAAAGUCAUCGUCAGCGCAAAACUCAGAAAGGCAAUCAAGCGCAAAGUCAUCGCAAAAAAGUUCUCAAAAUGAAGUGAAUCCAGCACAAGAAAAUUUAAGUGAAAUACUAACGUUUCAUUCCAAUGAUACGGCGAGUCUUAAAAAAAUAGAAACAUCUAUUGAUAUUCAAUAACAUGCGAAUCACAUAUGAUAUGUUUAAUUUGAUGGCGCCUUUAGAUCUGUUAACAUUCUGUGCUAGAAUUAUUUUUGUGUCUUGUGCCGAUUGAAUCUAAAGCUGGCACUGAAUUAAAUUAUAAAAAUCUAUAAAGAGUACUUAUAAGCACUCCUUAUAGAGAAAUAUUUAUUGAAACCAACGAUUUUGCGACUCCUAGGUCAAGUAAAGCAAAUUAUUUAAUGUUAUGUGAUGAUAAGUAUUGUAACUUUUUAUAAUAUUGCAAAUAAAUAUCUCUAAAUUUAAUUAGAUACAUAUGUAUAAUUAAACAUAAAAAUAAUUAAUAAAACAAUAUAAUCGUUUUUACUUUUAUAGGUAAUACAAAUAACAAAAACUUAAGGAAUUGUAGCGUAAUAUUUGUGUAACUGAUUAUUUAAGGCUAACGAUUUUGAUUGUUUAGGUGGAGGACAUACAACAAUGCUAUGGCAAAAAAUUUUAGAUUAAACAAUUUGAUAUCACCGUAUUCUAAUUUCCGUAAUUCAAUUUUAAAG